AUGUCUUAUGACCGGUACUUAGCUAUAUGUAAACCUCUCCAUUAUGUCACCAUGAUGAAUGGCAAAUUGUGUUUCCAGCUAAUAGUCAGCUCUUGGUUGAUUGGUUUUCUGUCAAUUACUAUGACAACGAUCAUCAUGUCCACGUUAGUUUUCUGUGGUGGUAAUAAAAUUGACCAUUUCUUUUGUGACACCUUCCCCAUUAUAGAACUAUGUUGUGGUGACACUAGCAAAUUUAAGUGGUAUAUGUAUGUUUUAGGCUCUAUAUUCACCUUUCCCCCAUUUAUAUUGACCUUCAUAUCAUACACUUUCAUAAUUGUAGCCAUAAUGAAAAUCCCUUCUGCAACUGGAAAACAAAAAGCAUUUUCUACCUGUUUCUCUCAUCUCUUGGUAGUUACAAUUUUCUAUGGCACACUGAUGGCUGUCUAUGUGAUUCCAAACACUGACAGACUGAAGGCCCUGCACAAAGUCUUCUCUAUCUGUUAUACCAUCCUGACUCCCAUGAUCAAUCCCAUCAUAUAUAGUUUGAGAAAUAAAGAAGUAAAGGAAGCAUUGAGAAGAAAUAUCUCAUUCCUAGUUGUGCAAAAUGAGAAGAAAAGGCAGAUUUAA